GCAGUAAAAAUUAACAGCCUCAUUUCCCAUGUCGAACGCACGACCAAUGCUUUAACACGUCACAUUACUAAAUUGACGGAGUACACUAUUAAGGAAUUGCUAGCGGCCGCCAAAAUGAACAUUCAGUUACUGACACAAACGUACAGAGCAGAACUCACGGACUUCCUCACAGCAUUAACAGCAUUGAUGGAAUCAAAAACUAGUCCCUUUCUCCUAGACCCAAAAAAUUUAAAACAAGCCUAUAGCCAAUUAUGCCAAAGUGCACUUCUGCAAGGCAUGCGACCGUUGAUAAAUGAUCCAGGAAUUGUUUAUAAAUCACAAACGGACACUUUGAUCCGCAAUAACACCAUUUCAGUGUUCAUUCACAUACCUCUAUACACAGGCACACUAAUGGAUCUAUUUCACUAUAUCCCGACGCCCAUAUUUCUCCAAUCACCAUUAGCUAUCCAGAUCAUGCCGGACCAUCAGUACCUCGCGCUGGAUAGUGCAAAGGCACUAGCAAAAGAGUUUACACAAAUGGAACUAGACCAAUGCACUAAAUUAGGAGAAAUAUUUCAUUGCUCAAAGAAAAACAUACUAAGGAGAGAUUUAAAACAAAUAUGCUUGUACAACCUAUAUCAACAGCAGAUAAGCAGCAUUAAAAAGAACUGCCCCAUAAAAGUUAAACAAAUACCAUUCAUGGCAAGACAGUUAAAAGAAAACAUUUUUCAACUCUCGGCAUCAAAUAAAACCCAAAUAACAACAACGUGCCGAGAUCAGCCACCAAAUAUAACAAUCAUACAAGGAAACUCCAUCUUAAAAUUAACUGAAAAAUGCCCCACAGCAACGACUGAAGCGUACGUUUUCCACUACAAUCCUUAUAUCGUAGUCAACGCAAAAUUAAUUUCACUGCCGAUAUUAAUCAAUACAACCGCUUGGCUGCAACCACUACAAUUAGAUAUUACCGAUGUAACACAAAUGUUCAAUGAAAUCAAAACAACACACGACGCGCUGGAUUAUACGUCCUUUGUAAGAGAAACGAAACGCUAUCAGUCUAAAGAUUAUGAAAACAUUGGGCAUUCU